AUGGCAUCUCACUGUGCUGCCUCAUACAGGCUGGCCCUGCCGACAGUCUUCCGCAGCCUGUUCCGCUCUGAUGCUCCUCAAAGUCUGCGCCCUUCCCGGUCCGUACGCAAUUCGCAAGCGCUCCGCCAAUCUAGGUUGUUCACCUCGACCACCCUAUUCCGCCAAGUUGAAGAACAAUCGCAAGAUGCAAUCUCCAGCUCCAAGUCCGCGAAGGCAUCCGAGCCCGUUGCAGAAUCGAGCACAACCUCCGAACGUUCACUCAAGAACUCGGUGAAGUCAUUCAAGAAGAAGACCGAUUUCAAGAACAAAGAUCACAAAGAUCGCAAAUUCUCCAAAACUUCCGACAUGGGCAAUAAAUUCGACAAGAAACAGGAAGCGUCUAAGAAUAAGAAGCGUGAACCAUGGAAGACUCAGAAACAUGCCCUCGACAAGAAGUUCCCCGGUGGUUGGAACCCUCCUAAGAAGCUUUCCCCUGACGCUCUUGACGGAAUCCGAGCCUUACACGCAAGUGCCCCGGAGCAAUUUACAACUUCGGUUCUGGCAGAAGAGUUCAAGAUCUCACCCGAGUCUAUUCGUCGCAUUUUGAAGAGCAAGUGGAGGCCGAAACCUGAGGAGAUUGAAAGUCGGCGUACUCGGUGGGAGGCGCGACAUGAGCGGAUCUGGGGUCAUAUGGCUGAGCUGGGUCUCCGGCCGAUGACCAAGAGUUCUCAGUCUUUAUCUGAUUCCAAGAUACUGUAUAAGAAGGAUAAGGGUUUGGAGGAUAUUGAGGAUAUUGAGGAUACGGGAAAUAAGGAGGAUACGAAAUAG